GAACAUGCGCUAGUUGAGCUGAGUUUCCCGCCCUCAAUUAGCUACUGUUGCAGCCAGGCAGCAAUCUCGUUAUCAUUGAUUUGAUGCGGAAUGAAUCAGCGCUGACACAUCUCCACACUCAGCGAAGGAAUAGCGCAGCACGUCGACGCGUCAACUGAUGGACAGAAUGAAGCGUUAAAGUUAUCCCGCGGGGCCCGGGGAUCGUUGUUGUGGUGGGGAAAAAACAACUGAGCCAGCAGUCACGGGAGCUAAAUAUUUGGAUGCUAUGCCCUUUUCGAAAGGAGGAGGACGAGAACUCGAGCGUUUUGAUGGACUCUCGCUAAUUUACUGGACACUAAUGGGUCCGUAUGGGGUAGAUCGUGCCGUUCAUGAAAUAGAAUUUACUGACUGUGAGAAUGGACUGGGGAUCAAAGUGAUUGGAGGAAUGAAGGAGUUAACGGGAGAGGAGUUUGGAGUCUACGUCAAAAGGAUUUUACCUGGUGGCCUUGCUUCAAGUGAUGGACACCUUCAGGCGGGAGACCAGAUCUUGGAGGUGAAUGGGGAGAGUUUACUAGGGGUCACCAGUGAAAGAGCAGUAGACGUUCUGAGGUCAGCGUCCUCGAGCAACCAAAUGCGCCUUCUGAUCGCCAGAGACGAGGAAGCCAGGAGAGAGUUUUCAGAGCUUUUGGAGAAGUAUGGAUCCAGCAGUAGUACUGGGUCGACACGCAACUCUCCCAUCCAGCAUGCAGGCAGAUAUCUGGACAGCACAUCGUCCGGGUCCUCGUCACGCUCCCAGAGUCCUUUGCUUUUGAGUCCUGCUGGCUCUCAGAGCACCUACAACAACCCUCUACUGCGCUCCCUCAGUCACCCAGGAGAGGGUGUGAUCCAGCUGAUCUCUGUAGCCCGCUCCUCUAGUCUGGGCAUCACCAUCGGCGGAGGCUCCAAUAGACCGGACGGCCCUGCGGUCUUCAUCCAGGAGGUUCUGUCUGGGGGAGACUGCCACAGGGAUGGGCGCCUGAGGCCAGGGGAUCAGCUCAUUGCCAUCAACAAGGAGUCCUUGAUAGGUGUGACCCACGAGGAGGCUAAGAGCAUGGUCAACAAGGUCAAAUUCAGUCAAGAGGCGGUGGUGGAGGUUGCUUUCAUCCCUGGUAAAGGUCCGUUCCCCAACAGCACGUCUUUACACAACGGUGUCCAGCGCGGCGUUGGCAACGGGUACAGCUCCGGACGCUUAAAAGUCCACGUCAGAUCACCAGAGAUCCGUACAGGGGAACCUGCCCCACUGCCUUCUCCCUCCCCUGACAUCUGCCCUCCAGAUAUACACAUUUCAGGCUCGGCCCCCACCCAGAGAACAGUGUUGUCUGCAGCCAAACCCAAGAUCACCCUGGACCCUCACAUACGCCUCAAGUCUGACAAACUGGACCUGGCGUUGUCGUACCUGGGUCUGGACGUGACGGAGGAGAAGAGGAGGAAGCUGAGACAAAGUCUUAUCACUGACCCACAGGGAACCGUGUCCUACGGAGACUUUGUUGAGGCCACACGCAACGUCUACCAAGAGAAUCUGGAGGAGGCGGGACUAGGGCAGAAAGAGUUCAUGUUCUCCUAUCACGAAGCAGCUAGCUUGAUGGACACCUCUGCCUUCCACUCCCCGACCUUUGAUUCAGAUUCCUACAGUAGUGAAGAACUGGAACACUUUCAGGCGGAGGUGAAACAGCUGCAGAACCAGAUUAAACAACUCAAGUCCAAUCACAGUCAGCCUGCUGGUUUUCCUACACUACCCCAGAUCAGUCAGCCUGCUGGUUUUCCUACACUACCCCAGGUCAGUCAACCUGCUGCUUUUCCUACACUACCCCAGGACACAGAGCACAGCAAGUCGACCCUGGAGGAGGAGCUACACAACACCUCAGAGAAAGCGUGUGCGACGGUGGAGGAGAACAGUCGCCUGAAGACUCGUGUGCAGGUAGCGGAGGCAGUGCAGGGAGACAGACAGAGUAACAGUGCAGAGCAGGACUAUGAAGAGGUCAUUACACUGCUAGAGGCUGAGAUCAAAGACCUGAAGAACCAACUGGCGGGCAAGAAACAGAAGGGUCUGGAAGCUACUAAGGAAGAUGUGAUGGAGUUAAACAGGAAGUUGUCGAUGAUUGACUGUCAGCUGAGGAAGUCUGAGCUGAGCAGAAGACACCUGGAGAUCUCCAACAAGAAACUACUGGGAUUCGCACAGAAUGUUCACAAAGUGCUCACCACCCCCAGCUUGUUUGGAAUGGAAAAUGGGAGUAGCAGGACCUCUCCAGCCACAGACAGCCCAGAGACCCCCUCUCCCAUCCCAGACCCAGCCUGCCAGUUAGCUGCAGAGGCCAGGGAGCUGGUGGAGGGGGUCAGAUCCCUGAGCAGCACCGAUGAUACAGCCCCUCUCAGUGACUCAGAGGUGGGUGAACCACCUGACCCAGCCAUGGACCCUAACCGGGCAACACAGUGACCCUCAUAGCUCGGCGGCUCAGACAUCUCCUACAGAAGAUCCAGCCAAAGACAAGCGCCGCCAGUAGAGAACAUUCAGAGAACGUCACAGAGAGCGUUUUAGAGAACGUUACGAGGACGUGAAAAGAACAACGUGGCUGGGGACUAGGCUCAGAAGAACACAGUGGUUGGCUGACUACGUUUACCUAAAAACGACCAACGACCCUUUAAAAGACAGACAGAUUGAGAGAGACAACCAGACAGACUGUAUGUAGGAUGCUAUCCAGUGUGCGUAAAAAAAACAAAAAAAACACUUACAACUCUUUAAAAAUGAACUACUGUCAUUAGUUGAGGCUUCAGUCAGUGUUCUGGGAUUGCUUUACCGAUUAACCGCAAAAUGUUCUAGUUGAUCUGUUUUCUAAUACAGCUGUGUGUGUACUUACAAUUCUCUGUUGAUAUUUAGCAUUUAUCAUCAUCCGUUUAUUUUGGGGAUCAGAGGUCCUCAAGAACACGAAGAGAGAUGAAGAUGUUUGUGUUCAUUAUCUGAGACGGGACAAAAAUGUGUAUUUUUGCUCACAACAGUUCCCAGAGGUGAGGGGAGGAAGCCAGGCUAGGGUAUUGGAACCUAGUCCUAGCUGUCUCUAUAGCUGUAUCGCCAUGGCUACAGUAAGUGCCCUGUAUGCGUAUACUUCAGAGAGAGAGAGAGAGAGAGAGGAUAACGUGGACGAUGUGCCCUGAUCCAAAGCGUCUCAUCCUGAUGACAUCGUGUCACCAUGGUGAUGACCCUUGUGUACAGAAACGGUUUGUCCCUUAUACUGAAGUGCUCUGAUGAACUGUCUGUCUGUUUUGAAGAUGAUCUUGUACUGGAAAAGCCCAUUUUCUGUUACGGGAUACCGAGGUAGAGGAAGAAGCUUUAGGACCUGCACGAGCUGUCAUGGCGACGCCGAGACGUCUGCUUUUGCUGUUAUUAUAAAACCCUGUAAAUCUUUAAGCUGAAAGAAAUAUUGCACACUCCUUUGAUGUCCUUCUCCACAUCUUCUGACUGACACACACACACACACACACACACACACACACACACACACACACACACACACACACACACACACACACACACACACACACACACACACACACACACAAACAAAUCCGCUGGACCAAGCCAGAGCUUACUAUAGUAUGUCUGUGUCAGUUGAAGCUCGUUCAAGGCUUUGUCUAUGAGGAUUCCUUUCUUCCUUACUGUUGAGUUCUGUGAAUACUUACUACGCUGUCAUAUCACAUAUGUUCCGUGACUUCUGUUAGAACUGCGUCUCCAUAGCGACAGCUGUGUGGAAGUUCCGUUCCAUAACCCACAGUUUGUCAGCUUGUUCUCUGAGAUUGAGGUUUUGUCACCAAGACAAUAAAAAAAAGAAUGGAAAAAACAACAACAAUGGCCUUUUAGCAGUGGCUGUGUCUCGAUAGUCGUAACUAGCUCCCUUUCCUUGUGUCCUUUCCUUGUGUCCUUUUCCUUCAUGAUCAGUGAUAUGGAAAGAAGUGAUACUGUAGGUAAAAAAAUCAAUAUGGUGGAAAGCCAUCCAAUCCUUUCACCUGUUAGAGGUCCUGAAGGAAAGGAAAUGAGGGGAGAAGACAAGUAAAGGAAGUAAUGAAAGAGUAUUGAGACCCAGCCGGUGUCUAUCAACUCAAAACACCUGAUACUUCCUCAGUGCUAAUGAAGGAAAGGAGACGAGGAAGGAAGCCAAAGACGAGUAUUGAAACACAACGCAAAGCAGUGUAUCUCAACUGGAAACAUCAUCCGUACCAUACUAUCACUGCAUGGUUCUGGUUCUGUCAACCUGUCAUUCAACAUCCAACUAUGGAAUCAAAUGUUUGGUUUCAGGAAUGUAGAGAAAAACAUUAGUUAUACUGUCUUGUUUAAAAUAAUUUGGUUGUAUGAUAACGAUACCUGUGUGGUGGGAUAUAUGGGUUGCGUCCCAAUAAGCUCUCCUUUCUCCCGAAGUGUGCACUCGUUCACUUUCCUUUAUGGAUUUCAAAGGACAUGACUGGAAUAUGGAACUCCCUCUAGAGUCCAGCCCAUGCCAACACAUAUCCAUAUCCAUAUAUUGUAUGGAGUAGUGAACGAGUGCACACUUCAGGAAAGAAAGAGAGAGUUUUGGGACACAAGUCAAGGAGAUGUGUACAACAGGAGGUCAUGUAACAUUAAUAAGACCGUAGCUGGCUAAAUGUGUCAGAUGUGUAUUGUUUAUGUUGUUAAAUGCACAUGCUUUACCAAACUGACUGACAUGUAGUCCUGUAAUUGAACUAGAUUGCAUCAUUAUGUGUGGCCUCCGAACUUUCUUUUACUGUUUUUAAUAAAGGAUUAACCUCAAAUA